GUAAUAGCCAUAAUUUGUUUGCCAGUAACAACAUCCGCAUAGAUACAUACACAAACACACACACCCCGAUGGAACAAAGAUAAAAAUUUUCUCGCAGAGAGACAUCACUUUCAGUCGCCGAUUUGACCUUCACUCGACGGAAAAUUAGCAAAAUAAUCUAGGGUUCUAGUUAGAACUAUAUUGAUUGUGUGAUAUGCCGUAUCUGGUACGGGAGCACUUAUUUAUCAGCAAUAUCAGUGAUGCAGCAGAGGUUCUUCAGAAUGAUACUGCAGAAAUCACUCAUAUGCUGUCAGUCCUUAGUUCGGCAUCAAUAUCAUUCUUCUCUGAAUGGCGUCGUGGUCUAGUGAUUCCUACAAAAGAGAUUCGCAAGGUGUAUGUUGGGGGCUCAGAGCCCGAGAAUGAUUCUGGUGGUCUAGUGAUUCCUACAAAAGAGAUUGUUGAGGGCUCAGAGCCCAAGAAUGAUUCAGGUAACAGUCCAAAGAGUUCCUUGUCGCCACAGAAGCUUCUAUACUCUCUCGAGUAUGCGGGAAAGGAUUUGAAAUUGGUGAGGAUGGCGGUUCCGCUUAGAGAUAUGGAGGGUGAGAAUUUGUUGGAUUACUUGGAUGUGUGUUUGGAUUUUAUUGAAGAAAGUCGAAAAGAGGGAUCCGUGUUGGUGCAUUGCUUUGCUGGUGUAUCAAGAAGUGCAGCUAUCAUUACAGCAUACCUGAUGAGAACUGAACAACUAUCACAAAAAGAUGCACUUGAAUCUUUACAGCAAAGCUGUGAAUUUGUUUGUCCCAAUGAUGGUUUUCUGGAACAGUUAAACAUGUUUGAAGAAAUGAGUUUCAAGAUCGAUCACACUAGCCCUAUAUACAAACGCUUCCGUUUGAAAGUAUUAG